GCCCAAAGGAAAGAAAAACCUUGAAAUUCCUCGUAAGCAUUUACCCGAUUCACUUAAGGGCUUGUUUUCUUUUCCUCUUCCCCUGUUAGCUAGAAUUUCAACUUUAGAAAACCAUCUUUCUUCUUCUUCCUGUAUUAUUUUCGUUUGUCGCGAUUUAUAAAGGUUAGGGUUAGGGUUCUUCUUCUAUAUAGCGGAUAGAGAUGUAUGCCGAUCAACUGGAGGGUGCUGGAAAGAGGUCGGUAAAGGAUAGACUCAAUGGCAACUCCUUCAACAACUCUAUUCCCCGGCGUCAAACCACUGGCAAGAGGCAGAGGCAGGAUGAGAAGUGGGAACAUGAUCUUUACCAUGAUGAUGUCCCUCAAGUUUCAAGUAUUGAUGAAGAUCGCAAGGUCAAUGCUCAAGAUCUUCGACUGAAGCUCCAAAGGAAAAGUCUCCAACAGGUUUCUCAAAGUGGAAGGGCUGCUUUCUCAGGUGUGCGUGAUCUUCGUGACAAAUUAUCUGGAACAAUGAACCUGCAGCCAGUAAAUGUUGAUCCACCAAAAUUAAAAUCAGAUGUUAACAAACCAGCCAGGAGAAGUGUAGCAGUUGAAACAUCUGAACCAGAGCCCAAAAAGGCUGCAACUAUGGCAACAAAGAAGAAGGCUCAGCAAAAGGUUGAUGCAUCAGUGGAGGGCUUCCUCCAGUCUUUGAGUCUUGAAAAAUAUGCGAUUACUUUUCAAGUCGAGGAAGUUGAUAUGACAGCUCUUGUACAAAUGACUGAUGAUGAUCUGAAAGCAUUAGGCAUACCAAUGGGCCCAAGAAAGAAGAUAAUUCUGGCAUUGGAAUCAAGAGGCUGACAUUCAGAGUAGCAAAUGGAUUGUUGCUUGUCUGGACAUCACUACUAGAUUAGCAGGGAUGUGAUUUGGCUUCAUUGACAAAAGCAUGGCUUCAUGAGCUUGUUAUUGAAAUCAAAGGAUGGAGUAACGUUAGAUUGCAUUUAAGGGCUUCAGUUAGAAACUUUAAGCUAAUCUUAUGUUAAAGUUAAUUGUUUUAGGUGAAUGUUAAAAACCCAGAUCAAGUGUAAAGCGAUGAUUUUGUGUUCAAAUCAUGUGUGAUGCAAAGCCAUCUUCUUUAUGCUGCCAAUGGUUAUGAUGAGACAAGGGAAUGCAAUUGCUUUUGUUUUUU